CACAAGCGGUAGUUGAUUACUCUCGUCUAGAUGGUCACGUCUGACGACACUGAGGCGGAAGCCGGAAGAAAAACAACAACCGGUUUGUUUCAUAUUCUGAGCUUCUUCUUUUUUUUCAAAGAGCACUACUAUAUACAAUGGACGUGGUGGAGACCAAACUCACAGGGUCCCCUGGGCCCAAAGGUAUCCAUGGAGACCAAGUAAUGCAGACCCUGAGGGGGGUGAAGCAGGAGGACUGUGGGCCCCUAACAACACCCCUAACAACGUACCUGAGUUUUGCUCAUGUGAAAACAGAAGAAGAGGAGGAAGAGAUAUGGGGUGUGGCUCACCCAAGUACAGGGUUCUUCAACGUCAAGAAAGAGGAAGAGGAAGAAGCCAUAAUAUAUCCUAUACAGCCUAAUGACAACCCAAGCCCUACUUCUGACCUUACCAGCCACAGUUCUGACGACUCCAGCCCUGACAAUGGCCCUAGAGCCACCCCUGACAAUGGCCCUAGAGCCACCCCUGACAAGAACAACCCCCACCAUAAUAGCGACCCCAGGUCUGGCCCUGCCGGUGGAGGGGCAUCGGACAAGGACCCUGCAUCCAGAGAGGAAGACGAGGAGGGAGAGGAGAGGAGCCCCCAGAUCUCAGCAAACCCAGGGACUAAGCCCAACAAGACCAAAGGCGGUCGUCAGAGACCGUUCCCCUGCUCUCGGUGUGGGAAGCGUUUAUCCACCACUGUUAGCUUAGACAAACACCAGGUCAUCCACACCCGACUGAGACCGUACCCCUGCUCCGUACCGGCCUGCGCCAAGAGGUUCUGCUCACCAGCCGAGCUGAAGAGACACACACUCACACACACAGGAGAGAGACCCUUCCCCUGUCCAGACUGUGACAAGAGCUUCACCAUACUGGCUGCUUUAAAGACCCACCAGAGAACACACACUGGAGAGAGACCUUACGUCUGUGAGGUGUGUGGGAAGGGCUUCGCCCAAACGGGGAACCUGAAAUCCCACGAGCGCAGGCACACCGGAGAGAGACCGUUCUCCUGCUCCUUCUGUGGGAAGACCUUUGUAGAGUCUGGCCAUCUGAAGAAGCACCAGCGUAUCCAUACAGGAGAGAAGCCGUACCACUGCAGCAGCUGCCCCAUGAAGUUCCCUUCCUCCAGCGAGCUCAGGGUCCAUGAGAAGAUCCACAGCCAGGAGAAACCUCACAGCUGUUCCUACUGCGACAAGGCAUUCAAACAGCUGUCCAACCUCAAGCUCCACCAGAGAAUACACUCUGACCAGAAGCCUUACGCCUGCUCCUACUGCGACAAGACCUUCCGUGCUCAGGGGACCUUAAAGGUGCACCUGAGGACUCACACAGGAGAGAGGCCUUACCCCUGCUCCGACUGUGACAAGCGUUUCAUCACGUCCUCAGAGUUGAAGGUGCACCAGAGGAUUCACACGGGAGAGAAGCCCUUCUACUGCUACGACUGUGGGAAGAGUUACUAUCAGCUGAAGCAGCUGAAGGAACAUAUGAAGUUCAACCCGGACCACAGCACCACACGUAGCGGACUCAGUAACAUAGAGGACGAGGACAAGCUCUACUCAGUAACAUAGAGGACGAGGACCAGCUCUACUCAGUAACAUAGAGGACGAGGACAAGCUCUACUCAGUAAAAUAGAGGACGAGGACCAGCUCUACUCAGUAACAUAGAGGACCAGCUCUACUCAGUAACAUAGAGGACGAGGACCAGCUCUACUCAGUAACAUAGAGGACGAGGACCAGCUCUACUCAGUAACAUAGAGGACGAGGACCAGCUCUACUCAGUAACAUAGAGGACGAGGACAAGCUCUACUCAGUAAAAUAGAGGACGAGGACCAGCUCUACUCAGUAACAUAGAGGACCAGCUCUACUCAGUAACAUAGAGGACGAGGACCAGCUCUACUCAGUAACAUAGAGGACCAGCUCUACUCAGUAACAUAGAGGACGAGGACCAGCUCUACUCAGUAACAUAGAGGACCAGCUCUACUCAGUAACAUAGAGGACCAGCUCUACUCAGUAACAUAGAGGACCAGCUCUACUCUACGUCACAUGAUGAUGUAACGAUGUCUUGAUUUAUUUUUUAUUUUAGUUGGCUAGAAACAGACAUUACAUUUUAUUUAAUUGUUUUAUUUUAUUUAACUAGGCAAGUCAGUUAAUACAUUUUUAUUUAUAAUGACGGCCCACCCCGGCCAAACCUGGACGACGCUGGGCCAAUUGUGUGCCGCACUGUAGGACUCCCAGUCACGGCCGGAUGUGAUACAGCCUGGAUUCAAACCAGGGACUGUAGUAACGCCUCUAGCACUGAAAUGCAGUGCCUUAGACCGCUGUGCCACUCAGAAGCCCCCUCAAAAAAUAUAUAUAUAUAUUUAUCAUCCUCGGGGAUGCCAUCGAUGCCACAUCAUUGGAAAGAGAGAUAGAACAUUACUUUGCUAGCACUCUACUCGUUCCGUGAUGACGUCACAGUGGUGAUGUCAACAUGUCUAUUAGAAUGUUCUGUCAUUGUUCUGAGCAGACACAAGGUCAACGCUCUGUUUUAGAUGUCGACAAAAUGGUCAUUUUGAUUUAAAUGUUUUUAUUUUUUACUUUUUAGGUUGUUUGGAAACUGACAUUACAUGAAAGACACCUUUUA